CCACCGACAGCUUGUCAAUUUUAACCUAGUAUCUUAUCGUCUCUAGCAAAUUCUUCUGUUUCACAAGAUGGCGCCAACAAAGGGUGACAAGAAGACGGCCGAGAAGAAGCCAUCGACAGCAGACAAGAAGCCAUUGAAGGCCGAGAAGAAGCUUCCUAAAGAAGGCGUUUCAAGUGCCGGAAUAGAGAAAAAGAAGAAAAAGAGCAAGAAGAGCGUCGAGACAUACAAGAUCUACCUUUUCAAGGUUUUGAAACAAGUUCAUCCUGAUAUCGGCAUCUCUGGAAAAGCCAUGGGGAUCAUGAAUAGUUUUAUCAGCGACAUCUUCGAGAAGCUCGCUCAGGAAUCGUCUCGUCUCGCUCGUUACAAUAAAAAACCGACAAUCACUUCUCGUGAGAUUCAGACUGCUGUUAGGCUAGUGUUGCCUGGUAAAUUAAUAAAUCUUCAUUGGUAUUACCUGUCUCAUCAGACCAAAAUAAAUUCUCAAUCUCCUGAAAAAUAUAUUGGCAAGUCUGCAACAUUUUCUUCUCCUGAUGACAACGUUAUAUCUGUUGAUCCAUCAGGCUGCAGUUCCAUAUCUUUCCCUACCCAUUUGAAGGCUAUAUCUGCCAUGAAAGGUAGCCGUAAGAAACGGGGAGUGGUUCCAGAAGUGAAGUUGAGAGUCAAAUGGGCUCCAGAUGUAUAUGAUCCGGUUCCGAGAAAGGACAAGCCUUUAAGGCGAGCAAAUCCUCACAAGGAAGUAAACGUAUCUCUAAGAACAUCUUCAAAUAGGGUUGCAUAA